UAUCACCUUGUUUCAUCAACAACAUGCAAGUUAGAGUGAAAUAAUGAAGACUGAAUUACUAUACAGUAUAUAAGAUAUUGUGGUCAAAGAUCAUUGGUGAUUGUGAAGAAGUCAAGUGUGAAAAUGUUGAUACCGAAGAAUCUUGAUCCAUCAUAAUUCUUUUCAUCUUCAAAGAUACGUUGAUUUUUAUCAGUUUUUCAUAAAUAAAUCCAAAGGUCAAUUGUUUCCAAUAAAAUCCUUGAUCCUGUUAACCACGAUAACAAUAGUUACUAUUAUUAUCAAAGAGUGAUUUAUAAACUUGUAUAUAACUGUAAUUUUAGCUGAAGCAGAUUUGUCUCUGAAAAAAAACAAUUAAUAAUGAGAGCUACUCCAAUACUACUUAUAACGUUGGGGAUAGUAGUCAACCGUAUCGAUUCUCAUAAAUCAACGGAAUAUAAUGAGUUAUGGAGUGUAUGGAAAUCUCAGUAUGAUAAACAGUAUGAGAAUGAGAAAGAGGAAGAAAUUAGAAGAAGCAAAUGGAUUGAAAAUAUUGAAAAAAUUCACUCACAUAAUUUACGUUAUGAUUUAGGCCUUGAAACAUUCACUCUUGGGAUAAAUCAAUUUACUGAUAUUGACUGGAAGGAAUUUCAUUCACAGUAUGCCAUGAAUAAACAGUUAGAAAUUCCUGAAUCAUCAUAUAUUGAAGAAGAUUAUGAUGUGAACAAUGUUGGCUGGACACCAGAAUCAUACGAUUGGCGCCAUCUCAACAUUGUCAAUGAACCAAGAGAUCAAGGUUCUUGUCAUGGUUCAUAUGCAUUUGCUGUGACUGCAUCAACUGAAUCUCAAUAUGCUCUGAGAACAUCGAAUCGAGUUAAUUUAUCUGUUCAACAGUUUCUUGAUUGUACACGAGAAUAUGGUAAUAUGGGUUGUUAUGGAGGUUACACGUUUACAUUAUUCAUUUAUUUACAAAAUUUGGAUUAGAAACAGAAAGCAGUUAUCCAUUUAAUGGUCAGGAUCAAGAUUGUAUGGCGAACAGUUCAGAUGUAGUUGUACAAUCAAUUGGAUUUAAAUUCCAUCGACAUGGUUAUGAGACCAUUUUAAAAUGGGCAUUAUACAAUGAAGGUCCGUAUGUUAUUUCAAUGAAUAUAGAUGAGAAUUUUCUAUCCUACAAAUCUGGGAUUUAUCAAUCUGAAACUUGUACACAUUAUAAUUUAAAUCAAAGUAUGCUACUUGUUGGCUAUGGUUAUGAUAAUGAUGGUGUCGACUACUGGAUAUUGCAGAAUAGUUGGGGUAAACAGUGGGGUGAACAAGGUUACGUAAAAGUGCGCCGUAAUAACUGGAAUAUGUGCGGAAUUGCUUCAAUGGCCUUUCGACCAAUAUUAAGAAGCUUUUAACAAAAACUUCCAGAGAAUGUUUUGCAUACUGUUUCUUUUUCUACUUAAAUACAAAUUUGAGUAGUUAAAAAUCGACAAUUUCA